AUGGCCCGAAUGAACCGCCCAGCUCCUGUGGAAAUCACUUACAAGAAUAUGAGAUUCCUUAUCACUCACAAUCCAACCAAUGCAACCUUAAACAAGUUCAUAGAGGAACUUAAGAAGUAUGGAGUUACUACAGUAGUAAGAGUAUGUGAAGCCACUUAUGAUACUGCUCCAGUAGAGAAAGAAGGCAUUCAGGUUUUGGAUUGGCCCUUUGAUGACGGAGCACCACCAUCUAUCCAGAUUGUUGAUGAUUGGCUAAACCUCCUAAAAGUUAAAUUCCGUGAAGAGCCUGGUUGUUGCAUUGCUGUACACUGUGUUGCUGGUCUUGGAAGAGCACCUGUAUUAGUUGCCCUUGCACUCAUUGAAUGUGGAAUGAAGUAUGAGGAUGCAGUGCAGUUCAUAAGACAGAAGCGCCGUGGAGCCUUUAACAGCAAGCAGCUUCUCUAUUUGGAGAAAUAUCGUCCGAAAAUGCGACUGCGUUUUAAAGAUUCAAAUGGUCACCGUAACAACUGUUGUAUUCAGUAAAAACCAAGCUGCCUAUGUUUCUGGCUUUGGAAGUAGAAGAUGAAAUCUAUAAUUGGGCAGGUUACAUGAAAAACUACAUGUAUGUCUUAAACCAAGUUACAUGAAGCUUCUAUAGGUGUAGGCCACAAUGUUGGCAGGAGAGCAACUUUGUUUAGAUUAUGGUGAUUUUGAUCUUUUUUAGAACAUAAAAUAUACUUGGCCUUUCAAAAUGUCUUAUUAGUAAUUUGUAUCAUUAAACUAUCCUUAAUCAUGCAUUUCAGGGUUUUUUUUUCAUCACAGUCCCAGUAGUCAAAUCUACCAUGACAUGUGUAGAGAUUAGGUGCCAAAAGCCCAGCACACUAUUUCUGUAUACCACAGUGUAGUUCUUAGUAACUACAGCUAUCCAGACCAUUGCCCUAUUAGCAGCUGUCUUCUGUUUUGUGGAUAGGGCUUCAUAGAAUAAUCUGCCUAUUCACUAUAUUUUGUCUGUCACAAUCACACUAGAAUGAGUAUCAGGAUUUGCACACGAUUAACUGUCAAUUACUUCUGGUACCCUAGACUUUUGUUAUUUAACCCUCUUCAUUCACCUACAUUCUCUGGCUAACACAUAGAAAAUAAUCCUUCACGCUGUACAGAAGCACACAAGUCUUUAAUGUCUCCAGACAAAAAAGCCUUACAAUUAAAUAAAUAUUGGCACUAAAUGUGCAACUUAGCAGAGGGCCUGUGAAAGGAUGAGAGGGGACUAAUAAAUAUUUCUAGUAAAAUGUUGCCUUUUGUCUUGUGCAGGAAGUAUAGAAUAUGCCCUUUACUUUAGUAAAUAAUUUUUUAAUGUAGAAAUGCUUUAUUGUAGCUGAACACUCUUAAUCAUACAUUUCUGAAGAUCUUGUAAUUUCUUUUAUUGUACUUCUUGAAAGUUGUUUACCAACUAUUGCUUUGUUAGAAGUGAUUUUGUUUUGUUUUUUCUUGAGUUUCUGCCAUGAAUUUGGCAGACCUCUGUAAUAUUUUGUAUGCCUUUUGACCUGCGUAACUUAAUAUUUGGAUACUUGAUAAUUUGUUAUGUAAUUGAUAAAAUGGUGGUGUGUAUUAAUGUUAAACCAUAUAUUUAUACUGUUUUGGGAAUGUGUGGUUAUAGUACUGUGGGAGAAAUAAUUUGCCAGUGUUCACCAGCUUGUAAAAUCUAGUGUGAGAGCUCAUCUAAAUAAACUCAAAACUGCA